ACCCAUUCCCCUUUGUUCUGUUGUGGUGGUAACCAGCCAACUUAGUAAGACUGAAGGAAGGAAACUUUUUAUUUCCUGUACUGUUCAGAGUAUUGAUGAGAAGACGUUAUACACACAGGCAACAGUGGGCUCUCCGUGCUAGAAGAAAGCCUGCUUGCGUCAGAAGCACCUGGUGAGAGGUGAUUUCACCAUCGGCCAGGCACAGCUGCCUGGUGCUCACUUGUCUUCGGGAAUCAGCCUCUAUAUCUAUCCAAGCAAAGCUGGGAUCCUGACACUCAGCCAUGAUGAGGAGCGGCUUCCAGAGGGUGGCAAGACUUGCCCACCACAGAGCUCUCCUGAGAACCCAUCUCCUGCCCAGACUCCACCAGGCCUCAGCAUUCGGAUCAUCCACAGACUCCCUGGUUGAAAGAUUCUGUCCAGAGAAAACAGAUUUAAAGGAUUAUGCCCUUCCCAACUCCAGCUGGUGUCCAGAUAUGCUGAGCCUGUACCAAGAAUUUCUGGAGAAAACCAAGUCAGGCGGGUGGAUUAAAAUACCCUCCUUCAAGUCCAACAGAGAACAUAUCCAAGGGCUUAAGCUCCCAUUAGGGCUGGUAACUGACUCAGACAAACAGGACUGGCGCAUCUUUACCAGAUGCAUCCUGCUGGAAGGACAAGGCUAUGAAUACGUCAUCUUUUUCCACCCAUCUGAGAAGAAGUCAGUCUGUCUCUUCCAGCCAGGCCCCUACCUGGAGGGGCCACCAGGGUUUGCCCAUGGAGGGUCACUGGCGGCCAUGAUGGAUGAGACAUUUUCUAAAACUGCCUAUCUGGCUGGAGAAGGACUAUUCACACUAAGUCUCAACAUCAGAUUUAAAAACUUAAUCCCUGUGGGCUCUCUGGCUGUCCUGGACAUUCAAGUAGAAAAGAUUGAAGACCAGAAGCUGUACAUGUCCUGCAUCGCCCAGAGCAGAGACAAGCAGACAGUCUAUGCCAAGUCCUCUGGUGUUUUCCUUCAGCUGCAGCUGGAGGAAGAGCCACCCCAGCAGCAAUGACUAUGCCUUCAGCAAAGUCAAUCUGCCCACCUCCCACCAGCACCAACAGAGGACCCGGAGCUCCUGCCAAGUGUGAGGUGUCUGGUCUGCUGCAUUGCGAGACAGGGUCACUGACCUGGAGAUGCAGCCCAAAGCACCAUAUCGGGAUUAUCUCACCUUCCCCUGGCUCCCGUCAGAAGAAACAAAUGUACUUCUGCUCCCCCUUCUGUAACUAUGAGGUCACCUGGGGAGGGGUGGUCUUCAGGAUGUGUGAUCUAGAGCAGCUUCGCUACCUAGACAACAAAAUGCUAAUGAUGUGAUGUCUCAGUGUUAGAGUGGUUGACUGUUUGAGUUCUCCUUUGUAUCAUGUUAAUAAAAUCUUUUGUUACCUUCUCUCCCCAACACACACACAUUUACAUUGGGUAUAAAAGCCAUGGAAAA